GGCUGAUGGAGCAGGAUCCAACCCAGCGAAAGGAGCUAACUCCAGCGUCACAGGUGGAGCUAACUCCAGCUUUAGGGGAGGUGCUUCUUUCCGUCAAGGUCAGACGCCUAGCAGUUCUCCUAAGAAAGCUCCAGGUCCACUCGAACCUCAGGAUGAGGCCUUGUUGCAGGAUAUUGAAGACGUGGCUAAUUUCGGACCCUAUGGGAGUUUAAAGUACCAACGGCUAAGGGAUCCAGCACUUGCCGCAUCUCUUGUCGCGAAAGCUCCAAGUGGGGAAGGCAGCAUCCGAAUGGGCAGUGGGGGUUCUUCUUCUUUCAGCAAGGAUCAGCAAAACGCUAUGUCUUCUAUCAGGGGUUCAUCCAUCUCUCCUAAAAACAAGUCGAUGUUGUCCUCCAAGUCUCCUGUGUCAAACAACAACAAGUCUACGAACGCCAGUACGCGACGUCGAAGUGGAUCGAACAAUACCGACGAUUCUUCACCCAAUGGCAAUACUAGGAGCAGUAAAAGAAGAUCGUCAUCUUCUGUGGGUGGCGGCAACAAUCGGUCUAGUACUGGUCUGAACAAGAAGAAACUGCCCUUGAAGAAUUUGGUGAAAGGUAAAAAUGCUUACGGCAGACCGGAUUCAAGUGGCACUGAUUCUUCGGAUUCGACCAACUCUUCGCCAAGAUCUGCGGAAGAUAAUGACCAGGAGAAGACAUCACGACCAUCAAGUAGAAAGAGGAGCGGAAUUAUUUCAGCAGAGCAGGAAGAUGCAUUAUUUCCAUUCUGCUCUCCUAGGAGCUUAACGCUGCAGCAUUUGAGUCCUCGAUCAGCGGAGAACUUAGUCCGUGAGCAUGAUGGCGAGUACAGUCGGGGGAUCGGGAAGACUGUGGCAGACCUGGAAUAUGAAAUGAUGGCCUAUAAUUAAGGCUACAAGAUGAAAUCCAUCUUCACGUGCAUCCUGAGACCGUUUUCUUCAAGGGGAGAAGGGUUCUAAGAUGCGUCUCAAGAUGGAUUUCCAUUUCUCUUAGGUCUAAUAUAACACAGCUGUGGCUGUAGCAGCCUCUGCCAUCAAUCAAGAUCCGCAGGAUGGGGACCCGGAACCAGAGCUAGGAGACGCGUCAGCCCGUUACCAGCAGAACAAGAAAAUCCAAGCUCACGUUCGGUUGCAGCAUGAGAUCCGGAAGCACUGCCAAUCAAAACUCUUGGGCUAUUACUACACGGCUAGGAAAGAGCGACUGAUCGAAGAGCAAAGGCGGCAAGACUGGUUUCGGAAACAGAGGGAUAAAUUGCAUCGAAGGAUUCAAGAAAAGAGGGCAAAAACAGACGCCAUAAAUAUCUCUAGCAUUACCGGGACAGCACAAGGAGGACAGGGAGAAGGACAACGAGGCGAUGAGGUAUCAUUUAAUGGUUCACCAACCGACGACAGCAAUCAGAGUCGCGCAUUGCCAUCGACUCUAGUUAGCAGGGUGUCAACACUCAAAGGAUCAGAAGGUGGCGCGGCUCCGCCAGAUGAGAUUGAGAGUGGAGAACACGACGACGACGACGACAAAACCGGAAGUGGAGAAAAUGACGCAGAAGCCCAAGCGGUUCAGGCUAAAACGAAAGCCCAAGAGUUGUUCGACAGAGAUCAUGAGCAAAUUUCUGACACAGAGCCGGUGAAUGGCAAGGGCAUCUUGACGGCAGCUGGUUGGGUCUCGGAAAACUACUUCUACUUGCCACCUACGUCGCAAACGGGAGGUGGAUUGAAACUCUACAUCACAGCUCAACAAGCCAUCGAAGACCAUCUCAUCUCGCAAACGGAGGAGGAACACGUGGAACGCAGAGCAAUGUCGAUGUCGUUCAACGCUUCUCAUGGUGGUCAAGUCCGCACCGUGCCGAAAAUCCCCUUCGCCAACGUGUUGAGCUACUUCCCUGCGCGCGACGUCCCCACUGACGCAGCACAUGCGAGACAUCAAAAAGACUGCAAAAGGUCGGAAAUGGCCAUGGCUCCGCAUGACAGGGUUCGCGAGGCUAGUCGCACUUUGUGGUUGCACCAAUUGUCAAAGGACUUGGAGAAAACGCCGACUGAAUUCCUCGAUGCUUUGAACUUUGUGCACUUUCUGCAGAUGGAGUUACGGGAUACGAUCCGACCAAGCAUGGUUUUGUUGUCCAAGCGUGUGAAGAAGUUGUCUCUCCAAGCUGCGAAGUACCUCAAAGUAUCCGUUCUCAAGAAGUUAGAGCGGGUGUUGCUGAGUCCCCACGUACGCUUAAGGGCCCCAAUCGACCGCAUGGUGCCAGAUGUAGGUCGUUUCAAGGCGAACUUGGAUUUGGAGCAGCUGCUCGAGGUGUACAACAAUCCAAGCUCCACAAUGGGGAUGGGUGGAUCGACUUUGCUUUCUUCCGGAUCUGCGAACACUGCCGCUCGUAUGAUGCAGCAAAACGCAGACGAGGCUGGCGCGGCUGCUGCCCCAACUGUACUACCACCCACCGGCGCGCCUUCGCGUGGUGGAGAACCCCCUGUUGUUCCUGGCUUAGCGUUGAACAACCUUGCUGGAGGUCCUCAGGACACCAGUAGAUUGGAUACUACGUUGUCUACCCCAGCAGGUGGGCCAGCCUAUUUUGCUGGUUUGGCAGGUGCUAGAGCUCUAGGAACUGCUGGCAACAUGCAGAACAACAGAGUAGGAUCCUCAUCAGGUAAGAAGCCAGUCUCAACCAAGAUCCACCCCGACGUGAUUCAUCGCGUCGUUGGCGCCAUCUUCUCCGAUGCAGUCCAGGAAAACUUUGCGUCUGGUCCGACGAAUCGUGGAGAAAUCCGCUCUCUCAGCACGUCCAAUUUGCUUGCUAGUGAAGCCUUUGGAGGUAUGUUGCGAGACCAGCUGGGAUUGCAAUUCCAUGUGCCUCUGGUUCCUCCUCAGAGAAGGGGUAGUAGUACGACUAGUUCCGAUGGCGUUGGUGUAACUGGAGGUGUAGCAGGAGGUGG